GAUAGCCCCGUCUAAAAUUAUUACCACCUACAUGAAUAUAAAUUACUCUUAAAUCUAGACCUACAUAACUUAACAAACGAUACUUUAUGUCUAAAAUUUUCCCUCCAGGACAGCGUUCAAGAUGGCCUCCCCGAGAGACACAUUCCUUACUUGCGUAUCUCAUGUGCGAGUCACCUAUCAACAGUACAUGGUUGAAGACACUGCUUUCACUGCUGUCCUGAGGGUCAGGGGAGGAAGAGCAAGGCUUAGGCGAGUGUCGACCGUGUCCAACUCAACCAGUAAAGUGUCGUCUACGGAGACACGCCUCCGCCUCGCCAUGGUCUCAGCCCGCCCCAGGUCUGCUCAAUAUAAAACAAGCCAUCAACAAACAACAUUCAGCAAUUCGCUUGACCUAGUGAUAGGAGGCAUUUUUGUGUCAAUAUAUUAAAAACUAACCUAAGUAAUA